AUGCCCAAGUUCUUCUGCGACUAUUGCGAUGUCUACCUCACGCACGACUCCAUGAGCGUGCGCAAGGCUCACAACAGCGGCCGAAACCACUUGCGAAACGUGGUAGACUACUACCAGCAAAUUGGCCACGAGAAGGCUCAGUCAGUCAUCGACUCCAUCACCUCCUCCUACGCCGCCGAGGGCCAGGCCCACGCGAAUCCCAUGCUUCCUCAGAACCAGCCCGGCCAAGGCUUCCCCCCGCCCCCAUUUGGCUUCCCCGGUGGUAUCCCGCCACCCUUCCCAGGAAUGCCUGGGGCGCCUCCAGGCCAGUUUCCUCAAGGAAUGCCUCCACCCCCUGGAGGUGGCCGCGGCAUGCCUCCUAUGCCUCCAUUCCCUCCUGGACCUAAUGGCAUGCCUGUGCCACCAAACGGUCUUCCUUUCCCUCCUCCGGGCGGCUUCCCUUUCCCUCCCCCUGGUGCUCCCGGUGCUCCAGGAGCUCCCGGCGCAUCGGGUGGUGCUCCUCCGCCUUUCCCCGGACUGCCCGGCAUGCCUCCGCCCGGCCAAGGGUUUCCCCCAGGUGGUCCACCUGGAUUUGCUCCCCCUGGAGCAGGAGCUCCAGGUCACGAGAAGCGAUGA